UCAAAUACAUAUAAUAUCUGAAUGCUCAAAUUUAUAGUUUCAAGCGUCAAGUUUUUAAACAAAUAAAGAUUGAAGUAUUACGAAAACACAAAAUCAUCAACAAUGGAAGACGUUUGCUACGUGUGUAAUCAAAAUACAGAACAAUUACAGCGAGACCUGACAAAAAUCCAGUCAAAGCAUUCGAAAAAACUAAUUAGUGAGCUCAUUGAAAGAGUCAUCAAUGGAGAUUUCUCGCAUCGAAACGUGGACGAUGCUUCAAACUGCAUUUGCGAGGGAUGUUUGGAGGGAAUUUCAAAAUACGAUUUGAUAUAUGACCAAGUAAAGCAGCAAGAAGAUGAACUCCGUAAACUGCUUCUGAGCACCGAGACUGAUUUGGCGACUAAAGUCGAAGUGAAAAACGAGCCACCAAUUGAUAUUUACCAUGAUGAAACCGUCUUCGUCAAUAAAUUGGUAAAUGGUCAGCAAGAUUUCGACGAACAAACGCCAUCAAUCGAUUCAUCACCGUCACUGGAGGGAACAGCUUCAAUGGAAACAAUACCAGCUGCGUUGCCCGAUACAAAUUCAAAGCCCAAGGAAAUGUUGAUAAGAAAUAAUGGAAAAUUGAUGAGAGUGCGAGUGGUUAAAUACAUCAAUACAUUGGAAGACGAUUCGGUGAUAAAGAAAAAUGAAUCUAAAGACCGUAAAUUCAUAGUACUUAAAUUGCCGACAAAUAAACCAUCGAAUAAAACGGCAACACUGCCAACAGUUCUCAACGGUGCCUUGACCCCAUCAGUGAAUCCAACCGGACUUCAAACUACGUCCACUCCCAUGAUUUUGCCAAAAAAUGGCAUUCCACGAUUUGUACGCAGUCUGCCAACCUCAACAUCAUCAACGGCCGCAAAAACGCUCAACUCAUCGUCCACUCCAAACCUGGCAGCGAAACAUUAUUCAAAAUUUCGAAAACAAUGUCACUUAUGCAACGAUGGAGUCUUUUAUAACAAAAAAGCAAUGACGAAACAUAUGCGAACGCACAAGAAAAUGUGCCAGAAAUGUGAUAUAUCAUUUAAACAUUCGAACCUGUUUCGGUCGCAUAUGAAAUGGCACGAUAGUCAUCCUGGAUUCACAUGUCGAUAUUGUCAUUAUCAGCUGGAAGACAAGGAUGCUUACAAAGCGCAUUUGAAAUUACACGAGGAAAAAGAACCAUUUAGUUGUGUUCUUUGUGACAAGGUGUUCAGUUUUGAGCAAAGCUUGCAGAGACACGUAUUAAUUCAUGGACCAGCAGACCAUUUAUGCGAACAAUGUGGAAAAAAGUUCUACAACAGCAGUGCGUUGAAUAAUCAUAAAGGUCUCCAUGCCGAAGAACCCACCGUAAAAUGUCUAUAUUGUCCGAAAUUAUUCAAAAACCGACAAGCUAUGUUCAGUCAUCGUAAAAACCAUAGGACGGAUCGACCGUUUACUUGCUCAAUUUGCGGAAUGAAAUUCAAACGCAAGGAUCAUAUGCAAGUUCAUGAGAAGCGCCAUACAGAAGACACGAAGACGGAAAAAUGUCUCUUUUGUCCGGCUGCGUUCGAACAUAAAUUCUACUUAAGAGAUCAUAUCAAGCGAAGACAUGGAGCCGAAGUGCCGAGUGGAACGACUAAAACUAGCGAACCUUAACUAACAAAUUUGAUGAGCCAACACCUGUAGUCAUAAAAACUGACCUUAUCUAUUGGUGUUGACAAUUUGAAGGAGCCUCUACUUUCGAUUAGUUUAUUUUUCGAUGACUUUAAAAUAUCAAAGAUUUUCUUAAUUCAAAUUUUAUAUCAGAAUAUUAACGUUACCAGUUGUUAAGCAAUCCCAAGUCAAAAUGGAAGCGAAUUGCUUUGUUCACAAAAAAGAUGCUGCCAAUACGCCGCUCAGCAGAUUGAUCGAAAAUCUUCUCGGCGGAAGUCAUUUAGUCCGGAAUUUACACGACAAAUCGAAUUGUCUUUGUACAAAAUGUUGUUAUCGAUUGCAUCACACAAUUUGAGACACACAACGUAAAGACAGGAAAAUACAGGAUAUUUAUUCACCGAGAAUAAAUGAAUUCUAACUUCUGAGUUAUGCACUAAUCAAAUUGGUUAUUCUUUUAUCUUUACGCGUGCAGAAAAUUCACAAGAUCCGUCAACUUCAUUGUAUGUACCCGAUAUGCCGGUCACAGAAACCGAAUUUGAUUCGUCACAAGUGUAUUUGCCAUAAAAAAAAAACAACGGUACCAAUGUAAUCAACUACGAAUAUAAUUUUAAUAAACACAGAGAUCAAUAUCA